CGCCGCCGUCGCGCCCGGCGCCAGCCGCGCUGCCCGCAGCGGCAGCGUCGCCGUGGCGCCCAGCGCCGGCGCGGGCGCGGCGGGCCCGGCCUGCACCACACGGGGCUGCCGACGCCAGACGCGAUCAGCAAAGAGAAGGAGGCCCUGGCGAAGGGGCUCGAGGAGCAGCUCCGGGUGGGCGUGGACCACCUCGGUCAGCAGCACCAGCGGGCCACCGAGAGCCUGCACGCGGCCGCCGACCAGCGCAAGGCCGAGUUCAACCUGCUGCUGGGGCAGCGGGUGAAGCAGCAGGAGGCCUGCCUGCAGCAGCAGUUCCAGGAGCAGCUGGCCCUGCUGCAGCAGGAGGCCCAGCGGCAGCGGGCGGAGCUGGAGCGGCAGGCCGCCGCGGUGACGCUGGACUGGAAGCAGCGCCGCACGCACGAGGAGUUCGUGCGGGAGCAGCAGGGCAUCCAGCAGAGGUUCGCCCGCGCACAGGCCGAGCUCGCCGCCCGCUCCAGGUGA